AAUGUCGAGAAACUCACCCUUUUAGGCGAGGUUGCGCCUUGCUCCUGCCAUCUGCUGCUAAAGUCCGUUCAAUGUUUAGAUUGUCUGAUCAGCUGUCUUUCCUUUUCCCCUUUUCCGCCGUCGAAAAUGCCUUUCAAGAAGUUUGUGGAAAUUGGCCGCAUCGCCGUCCUUCAGGAUGGAGAGAGUGCCGGUAAAAUCGCCGCCAUCAUCGAUGUCAUCGACCAAAACCGAGUGUUGAUUGAUGGUCCUUGCUCGGGCGUGCCCCGGCAGGCUUACCGCAUCAAGAAUAUCCACUUGACCCCGUUGACCAUCAAGGUGCCCUUUUCCAGCCGUUCCAAGGUGGUGCGGGCCGCGUGGGACGCCGAGAAGAUCACCCAGAAAUGGGAGGAGUCCAGCUGGGCUAAGCGCAUGGCCAUGAAGACCCGGAGGAACACCCUCAACGACUUUGACCGAUUUAGGCUCCAGAAGGCCAAGACCGCCCGCAACAAGAUCCUCACCAAGGCGGCCAACAAGAACGCCAAGGUCCUGUCCAAGGCUGGCAAGCUCUAAUGUCGGGUUGGGGGGUCGCUAUUCCACCAACUAAUAAAGAAA